GCCAAGGCGAACAAGAUCACGCCCCGGCAGCUGGGCGGCGGCACCGCCCCCGAAGACGGGGCGCCCUCGCCGCAGGCGCCCUCGCAGGGCAACAGCGGCCCCGCGUCCACCGCGGCGAUGCCCCUGGCUCUGGAGAGCCUGCGCGAGGGGCUUCGCGAGGACACGCAGCUGAUCGUGGACCUGCUCGGGGUGAGGAUGGAGAGGCUGCAGCGGGAGCUCGUGGACUCGCAGGCGAGGAGCCUCGCGGAGUCCCUAGCGGCGCGGCCCCCGGAGCCCGCGCGGGUGCGGGACGACCUCGGCCAAGGCCCAGCGACGGUUCCAGCAGCCGCCUUUGCCCGUCGCCCUCAUCAGCCGCCGGUGCCGCCCAUCACGCCAGGCCCCCUGACGGAUCUCGACGGCGACCUCGACCCAGAGCCCCGCGCGAAGGUUGGGAAAGAGGACGUCAAGGUGCGGCGCAAAGUCACGAACCGCGUGCUCCAGGCCACGGAGGUCAAGUCGGUGGUGAUGGACGUGUUUGCCACCGCAAGCGACUCGAUGAGCACGCUCCACAACUUCGCCCAGCAGGACUGGCUCGACGACCGGAUCCGUGUGGGCGUAAAUCGCCUGCUCGAGCGCUGCGCAGGGGCCCUGCCCGAGCGCUGCGCAGAGAGGUCGCGGCGGUGGGAGUGCUCGGCCGCCACCGCGCCGACCCUGGCUGGGGCCCAGAUCUCGGGCCCCGCCAGGAUCGGUAGGAGCCGCAUGGCCAGCGGAUUUAACGCCGCCUGCGUGCUGAUGAUCUCAUUGAAUGCGGUCUUGAUCACAUUUUCCACGGACUACGAGAUGCAACAUCUUGGGUCAUCUACCGACUGGAUGGUGUAUGGUGAGUAUGUCUUCAUAUGCUGGUAUGCCCUAGAACUGGUAAUGAAGAUCGCAGCGCAGGGGAAAUAUUUUUUUGCUGGGCCAGAUUGGACCUGGAAUAUUUUUGAUUUCGUCCUCGUGGCGUUUUCCGCAGUGCAGCUUACGGUUAUGACUGGUGCGGUCAAUGUUGCUUUCAUCCGGUCUCUCCGACUCUUCAAGAUAUCGAAGAUCUUUCGUCUCUUCAGAUUCUUGGAGUUUUUGAAAGAUGUCAAGGUGAUGGUCUAUUGCAUGGUUCACUCGCUUGUCGCCGUGUUUUGGGCCUUAGUCCUGAUCGUGUUCCUUCUGUACAUGUUCACGAUCAUCAUCAUGCAGGGCGUGAUCUUGUCCAUGGAGGACUUCGACGAGACCGCGGCGGACGCAGCAGACCCUUCUGCUACGUUCUCCUCUGUCACAGAGACCAUGGUGCAGCGGAGUCGCGAAUAA